UUUUUUUCAGUGCGCAAUUAAACCAAGAUGACUCAAAAAAUUAUGCUCUUUUGCAUUCUCGAUGGCGACUCUUCCGCAUUUAAAGUCCAAUUGGAUGCUGAUGACUCAAUUGCUGCUCUCAAAAAAGCAAUCAAGAAGGAAAAAGAAAACGACUUCCGAGAGAUUGUUGCCGACAAAUUGAAUCUCUGGCAUGUCUCCAUCGUAAUCGGAGACGAUGAGGACGAAAAAACCAUUACACUUUCAGAACACCCAAAUGCAAAAAAGCUUUGUGCAACAAGCAAGAUCUCUGAGAUUUUCGGCACUACACCAGAAAAGAAAACCAUACACGUCGUUGUCCAGAGGCCGUCGGCAGAUCCGUCUACUUCCACUUCGAACUCGGAAAAAAAGAGGAGGGCCGAAGACUUAUUCUACUAUGUGGAUCCUGCGGACCAUGACAACAAUGAGGAAAUACUACAGAGCGUUUUUGACCGCGAGAUAGUGAUGCUCAUAGGCGCACGUGCCUCUGGAAAAACAACACGGUUGUAUCGACUUAUCACCCAAUUAGCUGACUUUGGAUAUCGCUGCCUCCCACUAUCAUUUGAGGGAGUUGCCGUUGGCAAUAAUGAGCCUGAUUUCUGGAAAGCUUUUGGAAAUGCUCUUCGCCGCAACUAUAAAGUCGAUGAUAUUACAACCAAACGAGAUUUUCUCGAUGCUUUCGGUCGAACUAAAUUCAAGGACGAGAAGAUUGUCAUCUUGGUUGACGAGUUUGAUUUACUGUUUAACGCAAGCGACGAGAUCCGCAACCAAUGCUUACAGGCGUUUCGAGCAAUCCGACAGAAUAACCAUUUAUACGCCAUUGACAGUAUUGUCUUAUGUGGAACCUUUAGUCUUCAGCACCUUAGCACAACAGGUCAACACAUAGCCCCGUUCAAUGUCAACAAUACUAUCAGGAACCCGUAUUUCACUCUUGAUCAAACGCGGCAGCUCUUUAAUGACUAUGCGAAUGAUGAGAUGAUUAAAAUAGAUGAUGAGAUUAUUCGAGACAUACACUGGAAGUCAAAUGGUCAUCCAGGAAUGAUUUGUCUUUGUGGACGUUCCAUUCAUGAGAAUCUUCGCUCCAAAGUCAACGACUCGACGAAUUGUCUCGAUUACGAUACAUGGCUGGACUUCUCCACAGACAAUCAGAGUGAGAUGAUGCUUUCACAUCAUACCUUCAGAAGGAUGGUCGAUUCACUUUUGAGUGAAUCAGCUACAGAUGCUGUUAAUCUUCUCCGAACAGAUUUUAUUGGGUAUCUCGGCGAUAUAUCUAUCACAGACAUGGAACAACAGAGAUUGGCAGACUUCCUAACUGCAGAAGGGGUGCUGAUAAGACUUGAUGGCAGUAACUACCGUAUGGCCUCAGCAUUCAUUGACUCGUUUGUGAGGAGAUAUAUUAUCCCAGCAAAAUAUCCCCACGCUCCUUCGGAGUCACCCCCAAAGGAAAGUCAAGGAGGAUUAUUGGAUAUUCUGGAGACUAUGAAGAUUGCUCUUCGAUUUUUCGAUAAAAACUUGAUUAUACAGUCGGAAUACCGAUCAUACAAAAGAUCGGGGAGAACAGUUAAGGUUAUGGGCGACUACAACAUUGAUGUCCCUCGACAGAGCGUCUAUGACACGGAAUUGAUGAGGAUUCUCACCAACUGGCUAAACAAAAUAGAAGGAUAUGGGAUCAUUAGCCAGUGGCACCACCAUGAGCUUGAGGACCACAAAUAUAGUGAUAUUGUCAUCAAGAAAGCAGGAGAGCCGACGGUUGCUAUCGAGCUUUUGGCUACAGGAAGUCAAACUUCUAUUAAGGACUUUAUCAGCAAGUCGCCAACUUAUAAACGCUUACUCUCAGCAGAAGAAGCUUGGGUUGUUCACUUUACUCGAGCAGACGACUAUCUUGAGCACCCAUACUGGCAAACCGACGCGGAACUGGACCAAGGGGUGAAUUUGGUGCAUUUCUGGCACGAUAGGAGUUUUGAUACAGUGAAGAUGAGUGCUCACUGGAAGGACAAGAGUGGCAAUAGUCAAAGAAUUGACAAUGAGCUGUUGACUGUCUAACAGCAAUUCUAUUUUUUUUACCAACAUUGUACGGACGUCCCAUUUUGUUGACAUAGGCUUUAUAAUUUUGCAGAUCUGUUUGAAUAGCUGUUACUUUGUAUAUUGGGGACUUUGAGCACUUAGUACAUUACAUUUAAAUGUAGCUUGAAAUGGUCAGCUUUAUUACAG